UGGCGAUUUGGCAGGUGCGAUCCAUUCGACGUGGCAGGAGCAGCAGCAGCAGGAGCAGCAGCAGCAUGAGCCAAGUCUUCGUCGUUGACAACGUGCCCGUGGCGGCCGCGACGCACAAGCUAGCGCAGUUCAAGGCCGCGCAGAACCUAAAGAUCGAGAUCGACCACCUGCGCGACGACGACUCGUCGGACCUAACGACGCCCAGCGCAGGCCAGACGCCAAUGGGCACGGAGAUGGAGAAGAAGAAGCGCCGUCGUCGCACAGCAGCGCAAAUCGACCGCAAAUGGACGUGCACGUACACGGGUUGCCGCAAGGCAUAUGGCUCCGAGGGCAGCCUCACGCAGCACAUGCGGCUAAAGCACCGCAACCUGAGCCUCGCACACCGCGAACGAGCCAACCUGGUCAAUCUCUCGGCCGUCUAUUACACGGCGGCAGCCAACAACAUUGCGAUUCGCCCGGCACUCAACUUUGGCAUCGAGAGCGGCCCGUUCUUGUCCCAGCUGACCCCGCCCGGGAUCGAUUCGAUCGGGUUCCUUACGAGCCCUGAGCAUGGCGCGCUCUCGUCGUCGUCCGACUCGCCUCAAAAGCAGCUCCGGUCGCGGUCCAACUCGAUGCCCGUCUCUUCCGAGUACGAUUGCGUGACGCCGAUGCGUCAAGCAGCCUACCGGCGGCGCACCACGAGCACGACGACGCCGACGAGCAACCGCGUCCCGCGUCAAAAGACCACGACGCCCCGCAACCUCCCGCGCACCAACGUGGUCCGGAAGAAGCGGUCGCAGUCGAUGACGAGCUCGACGCCAUCGUCGUCGUCGUCGUCGUCGGUGCCACCGAUGCUGGUGACGCGCCUGAGCGACUCGAACCUCUCGUCGACGAUCGAGGGGCUCUCGCUCUCGCCAUCGUACACGUACUUUGAGGCAUCGAGCCCCCACGUGGCCCGCCAACCCCUCGUCUACCCGAUGCUGGAUGCCAACUACGUCGCUUCGUCGAUAUACUCGCCCAUGUACACCAAGAGCCAGCAAGAUGCGGGGCCGUACAGCCUCCUCAACACGCUCGACUGGCACAAUGCGUCGGCGUCCAAAACCAACCGCCUCGACGAACCGCAGCAGCAACCGAACGACUUGUGCGUCAAGAUGGAGCCCAACGACGAUGCAAUGGGCAACAACCAACUGACACACGAUGACGACGACGACGCGAUGGUGCUGCAGGCGCUGGCCGACUACGAGUCGUCGCCGUGCUCGCCGCCGUCGUCACCGACGCGGACCCUGACACCAGACGACGACGACGACCUCGGCACGAUGCCGAUCCCGUUCAAGCCGACGGUCGAGCCGUGGGUGCCGUCGUCGUUUCCCGAGUUUUUUCUCCCCGAAGACUUUUCAGCCUACGAGGCGUUGCCGGAAGGCGUGCCAGCGCCGUCGCCCGAGCUCUUGACGCUGGCGGACGCGCGCUACUACCACUGAUCGUCGCUGCGAAGCGGUGAUUCCCUCUCGUCUUCUCUUACCGUGUCUGUACUAUCUGACUGCUACCACGUUAUCUCUGUGUGACUAAUUUCUAUCAAUUAUAUACAAUAAAUCGUAAUUCAUGAAAACGC